UGGUGCGACAGAGUCCUCUGGGGCGGGGUGAGUAUAUGUAUACACGACUGUUGGUGAACACGGAACUGCUGUUUGCGCUGCGCUCCAUCUCUGCAGACACAAGAGGGAAAGACGUAACGUAACUCUGAAACGCCGAAGACAUCAUUAUUUUGGACUGACUGGUGUUCGUGUUGUCACUAACGAUGUUAAGCUUGCGGGCGCUGUCCGCAGUUUCGGUGGGGCUAGUGCAGUUGUCCCGGCGCUACCACAGUGGGGCAGUGCGAGGGUCUGGCCGCAGGAGGCUGAUGCUGGCAGCCCUGGCUGGGGUAACUGGUGUCUCUGCUAGUGCUGGGCUGCUCUGGAAAAGAGCGUAUGCAGAGGCAGGGCCUUCCGUCCGACACUCUGAGCAGCCAGGCGGAGAGGGGGUGGAUUUCGUGAAGGAUGCGGAUUCUGAGGCCGAGUCAGAGAAAUCGGUGGAGGCCAGCAGUGGAGACGAAGAAGCAAAUGAAGGUGGUGAGGAAAAAAAAAAGAAGCCACGCUCUGGAUUCCGUGACCGCAAGGUGAUGGAGUAUGAGAACAGGAUAAGAGCCUACUCAACUCCAGACAAGAUUUUUCGCUACUUUGCCACGCUGAAGGUCAUCGGCGAGCAUGGAGAUGCUGAGGUUUACAUGACGCCCCAGGACUUCAUACGCUCCAUCACACCUAAUGAGAAGCAGCCUGAGAACCUAGGCCUGGAUCAGUUUGUUGUGAAGCGAUAUGAUGGAAAGGACUUCUGGCAGAUGGAGAAGAUCGCCCAGGAGAGGGAGAAGUUUGCAGAUGAGGACAGCAUAUUUUUUACAUUGGGAGAAUGUGGCCUUAUCUCCUUCUCUGACUACAUCUUCCUCACCACGGUGCUGUCCACUCCCCAGAGGAACUUUGAGAUUGCUUUCAAGAUGUUUGAUCUGAACGGUGAUGGAGAGGUGGAUCUGGAGGAGUUUGAACAGGUCCAGAGUAUCAUUCGUUCCCAGACCAGUAUGGGCAUGCGACACCGCGACCGCUCCACCACAGGAAACACCCUGAAGACAGCCGGCUGCAGCUCUGCUCUCACCACAUACUUCUUUGGAGAAGACCUGAAGGGAAAACUUACCAUCGGCAGCUUUCUGGAGUUUCAGAGGAAGCUGCAGCAUGAUGUGCUCAAACUAGAGUUCGAGAGGAAUGAUCCUGUGAACGGCAGAAUCAGCGAGAGACAGUUUGGGGGUAUGCUGCUGGCCUAUAGUGGCGUCCAGUCUCGUAAACUCAAGCAGAUGCAGAAGGGCUUGAAGAAGAUGUUUAAGGAUGCACAGGGCAUCACAUUUGAGGAGGUGGAAAAUUUCUUUACUUUCCUAAAGAACGUGAACGACGUGGACACAGCCCUCAGUUUCUACCACAUGGCUGGAGCCUCCAUAGAUAAAGUUACCAUGAAGCAGGUGGCCCGCACCGUGGCCAAAGUGGAGCUGUCGGAUCACGUGUGUGACGUGGUGUUCGCUCUGUUCGACUGCGACGGGAACGGAGAGCUUAGUAACAGGGAGUUCAUAGCCAUCAUGAAGCAGCGGCUCAUGCGUGGGCUGGAGAAACCCAAGGACAUGGGCUUCACUCGCCUGGUGCGGGCCAUGUGGAAGUGUGCCCAGGAUACCGCCUGGGACUUUGCCAUACCAAAAACACAAUAAAGACAGGAGGCAACGUGUGAGUGGGAGAGAGAGAGACGGCGUCUGGAUAAAGCAACAACACCAGUAGCAUCAAAGACACGUUACCUUCUACACGUCUCUGCUAUUUAACCCUUGUGUUGACUUCGGGUCAAAUUGACCCGUUUUCAAUUUUUGUUUUAAAUCCAAAAAUAUGGGACGU